AUGGUAUAUCUUCUUCUCGGAUUGAUAGUGGGACUGAAGGGGCCAGCCUUCCUCGACCUUCAGCAGAUUACUGGUGUAGGCACAAGCCAGGGUGCUGCAUUCUUCACAGCUGCAGCCGUUGGGGGAGUAGUUGGAAGUUUGGUCGGCGGUGCUCUCUAUGACAGAUUCAACCGUCACAUAGUGUUGUUUGUGUCAUCCUUCCUGUAUGCUGUGACGUGUGCAAUCAUUCCCUGGUGUUCUGUGUACUGGUCAAUGGUCAUGAUGUUCCUGAUACACGAGCUGGUUACAGGUGCUGCCAGGUCAGGUACGAAUGUGGAGAUCGCGGAAGAGUUUGGAGACGAGGGCAAACCCUUCAUGCAAGCACUGCAUUUCUCCUUCUCUCUCGGGGCAACCGUCGCCCCCUUUGUCCUUGAACCAUUCCUCUCCCAGGAACCUGAGUUGGAUACAACAAACACUUCUUUCACAACAAGUGACCCCUCCUUCAACACAACAGCCUUCAACAUGACGACGGCUAUUGCACCUCGCAGACCAGAAAGUAAUAUCCACUAUGGCUUUCUCAUCGUGGCUAUUCUUGCAGGGUUGUCUUCCUUCGUGUUCCUCAUCAAAUUCUUCCUUGAAAAGAACAAGAAGGGUAUAAGUAGCAUUCGACGGAUGGACGCACAAAGGGACCAUGAUGAAGAAGAAGGUCCAGUGAGGAAGAAGAGAAUUCUCCCUCGACGACUUCUCAUCAUCACACUGGCACUCUUUGCCCUCUUCUACUUCUUCCUGGAUGAGGUGGAAGACACCUCCCCAUCUUUCCUGGCUUUGUUUGUCGUGAAGCAGAUGAAUUGGACCAAGAAAUAUGGUGGACGCCUGUCCUCCGCUUUCUGGGGAUCCUACACAGCUGGGAGGGGGGUUGGCAUCGUCCUCAUCAGUUUCGUCACACACGCCCAGUUCUUCACCAUCUGCUGCAUCGUCCUCUGUGUGUCUCAGCUCGGUCUCCUCCUGUCAGCCACCUAUGGAUUUGGUACUGGUAUCUGGAUCAGCGUUGUUGGUAUAGGACUGGCAAUCUCAGUGGUGUUCCCCGCAAGUCUCACCUGGACAGAAAAGGAGCUUGUCCAACUCUCAGGGAAGCUGAUGGGUGUCAUCUUUGUUGCCUUGAGUCUCGGUGGACUUGCAAACCCUCAGAUUAUUGGCGUCACCAUGGAUCUGUAUUCACCAAUAUGGUACAGUUAUGUUCUAGGGGAGAAGCCCUUCCGCUCGCCUGAGGAUACGGGCCACGGGAGGAAGAAGAGGAAGAGGAGAGACACCCCCUCUCCCGAACCAGCCUCCCGACCUACCACCACCACCGCGUCAGCAGAGUCCCAGACCUCGACGCCCAUCCUGAACGACUCCAGCACUCAGACCACCGCACCAGAGCUCCCUUCCCUUAGCGACGGCCAGACUCAGACCACCCUGGUCGAGUUUAAGGACAAGGACAAGGACCUUAGAGCCGCGCUACUGGGAAAGGCGGGGGGAAUCCUUAGAUACUAUAAGGCUCAUUCCAACCUCGGCGCGGACUGA